AUGGCGCUUCCCUUCUGCCUCAUCAUGCUGGCUGUCCCCACCUUGGCCGCAGGAACAGCAGGCGAAGAUCGUGAGGUGACGAUGACGAAAAACGAAGUGUCACCGGAAUCGCCUCUCUCGCAGUACUUCCAUUGGCGUCACGUGGCUCCUUACAGCUAUGAGUUAGGCUGGGACGUGGACAAACUGGCCUCACUUGCCGCCAAUCGGAUUGAUGUAUUCAUGGUGGUCGCCGAGUCAUUUGACUCUCCAAAUAAACGUACCGCCAACUUCUCACAGGGAGCGGUAGUUAUGGAGAAGGUACGGCCUAGCACACUGUACGUUGCUAGGCUGGAUGCACUGAAGGACAAGACCAAAGUGUGA